UUUCAUCGUCGUCAGUGAAAUGACGUCACGACCCGCGCCGGUGACGUCACUGCGGAGCAAAGAUGGCGAAGGCGUACGACUACUUGUUCAAACUUCUGCUCAUCGGAGACAGCGGCGUGGGCAAGACGUGCGUCCUCUUCAGGUUCUCCGAGGACGCCUUCAACUCCACCUUCAUCUCCACCAUCGGCAUUGAUUUCAAGAUCCGAACAGUCGACUUGGAUGGCAAAAAAAUCAAGCUUCAAAUAUGGGACACAGCUGGUCAGGAGCGAUUCAGGACCAUCACGACGGCGUACUACAGGGGCGCCAUGGGAAUUAUGCUCGUGUACGACAUCACAAACGACAAGUCGUUUGAAAACAUAAAAAACUGGAUACGAAAUAUCGAAGAGCACGCCUCCGCCGACGUGGAGCGGAUGAUUCUGGGAAACAAGUGCGACAUGAACGACCGCCGGCAGGUGUCCCGGGAGAGGGGCGAGAAGUUUGCCUCGGAGUAUGGGAUUAAGUUCAUGGAGACAAGUGCCAAAGCGAGCAUAAAUGUGGAGGAGGCUUUUUUCACCCUAGCAAGAGACAUAAAGGCAAAAAUGGACAAGAAAUUUGAGGGCAUUUCUCACCAAGACAACAAUGUGCUCCAGAUGAACCAAACGCAACAGCCAAAGAAGUCCAGCUUUUUCAAAUGCACUAUUCUGUGACUUGCUCGAUUAUAAGACACGAGGGAUGGGGCGGGGCAACUGCAAACAAAAGGCACUGAGAGAAUAAAAAAAAUAAUUUAAGCAACAACUCUACGAAGCCGCAUCUCGGCAGUCUUCCAGCACCUUCCUUAGCGUGGACUUCCCACUCCAUUGAGAGCCUCGUGGUGAUUUGGACCAUGCUGCCACCCGA